AUGAGAAAACAAAUUAUCAAUUGCAAGAGACUCUAUCAUCAGAACUAAUAUUUCUUUAAUCCAAAGGCUGAUCUCAAGACAGUCUUGAGAGAGCAAAUUCCUAUUAAGAUUUAGGGUUUCAACGAAAUGAAGAAGAAGUAUGGAGACAGAGUCAUGGGUGAAAUCACUGUAAAUCAAGCAUUGGGUGGUAUGAGAGGAAUUAGAGCUCUCUUUUAUGAUUAAUCUACAGUAGAUCCUAUCGAUGGUGUAAUGUUUAGAGGAUAUUCUAUUCCUGAAUUACAUGAACUUCUUCCCAAAUUGAGAAAACCCUCUGCUGAAGAUUUCUAAUCUGAUUAGUAACCCUUGCCAGAAGGUCUCUUCUUCCUUUUAUUAACUGGAGAGUUACCUAGCUACCAUCAAGUAGAGCUUAUUCGUCACGAAUGGGAUGUAAGAGGUAAAGUCAGUGAUGAGUUAAUUAACUUCAUUAACCGUUUAGAUAAUAAGAUGCAUCCUAUGACCAUGCUUUCUUUAGCCAUUUUAUAUGAAUAAAAAACCUCAAAGUUUGCUUAGCUUUACAACGAAUCCAAGUUAAAUAAGUCUAACUACUGGGAAUACACCUAUGAAGACUCUGUAGAUUUAAUUGCUAAACUUCCCAGAAUAGCAGCUACAAUUUAUCGUAAAAAAUUCAAGGAUGGAAAGCCUAUUGCUCAUAAAGAUGGUUUAGAUUGGUCUGCCCAGCUUGCUCAUAUGAUGGGAUUCGAAGGUUAGGAAACCUUGAACGAGCUUCUUAGAGCCUUUUUAACAAUCCAUGCUGAUCACGAAGGUGGUGAGGUAUCUACACACGCUUCUCACUUAGUCGGAUCAGCUCUUGGUGAUCCUUACCUUUGUAUGACUACAGCUUACACAGGGCUUGCUGGACCUUUGCACGGUUUAGCUAACUAAGAAGUCUUGAAGUGGAUUCUUAACUUCGUAGAAGUCCACGGAUAUGAUGUAACAAAUAGAUAAAUUGAAGAUUAUGUUAACACCACAGUCCUAUCAGGAAGACUUGUUCCAGGUUAUGGUCAUGCUGUAUUGAGACGUCCAGAUCCAAGAUUCUUGCAUUUGUAUGAUUUCGGUAAUAAAUACUUGAGAGAUAACGAAAUGAUUAGAUUACUCCACUAAAUGACUGAUGUCAUUCCUAGAAGAUUGAGAACAUUUAAGAACAUUUCAAGUCCUUAUCCCAACGUUGAUUGUCAUUCAGGUGCUUUAUUAUAUCAAUUAGGUAUUUAAGAAUAUUAAUUCUACACAGUACUUUUUGCUAUUUCCAGAUCUAUUGGAUGUUUAACAAAUCUUGUCUGGUGCAGAGCUUUUGGUUUACCUAUCGAAAGACCAGAAUCUGCAGAUUUAGCCUAUUAUAACAAUUUAUUCUAAAAUAAAAUACCAAAAUAAGAAAAAGACGACUAAUGA